AUGGCGACAACGACACCCUUCCCUGUGGGCGGCCGAGGCUUCGGCAACCGCGCCGGCGGAGCGGGGCCCUCCACCACGCACCAGCAGCGGGAAGCGCAGCGCAUAGAGCGCGAGCGGCAGGAACGCGCGGAGCGGGACAGGCUGGCGGACGCGGGCCGGGGCGAGAUCGCGGAGCUGAGCGACGAGCAGCGAGAAGAAAUCAACGAAGCAUUCCAGCUCUUCGACCUCGACAAAGACGGCCACAUCGACUAUCACGAGCUCAAAGUCGCCAUGAAAGCCCUCGGCUUCGAUCUACCCAAGCAAGAAAUCCUCACCAUCCUCCGCGUAAACGGUAUCCCCGCCAACACCAUCAACGGCAAAUCCAAAGCACCCGCAACGUCCAACAACAACAACAACCCGGCCUUCACCGGCCCCACGCGCCUGCUCCUCCCCCUACAGACAUUCCAAGCCAUUAUGGCGCACCGCAUCAUGACCCGCGAUCCGAGCGACGAGGUCAUGCGGGCAUUCGAGUUGUUCGAUGAAGGAGGUAAGGGUAAGAUCACGCUGCAAGACCUGCGGCGGGUGGCGCGAGAGCUAGGUGAAGGGCUGCAGGAGGAAGAAUUGGCCGCCAUGAUCGAGGAGUUCGAUCUCGACGGGGACGGCGCGAUUGGGAGAGAAGAGUUUGUGGGUAUAUGCAUAGGAUGA